AUGCCUGGUGCCAAGUAUGGACGCUCCAAGAUCGAUGUGUACAACUACACUGACGUUCGCAAAGUGUGUGAAAAGACUAGUAUUAUGUACGCCCUGAUGCCUGAGGGCAAGGAGAGGACUGCAACCAUCCAUGACUUCAAGAUCAACUUUAGCAUGAAGAACAAGGGCCGCUAUGUAAUUGCCACUUGCCAGGUUGCCGAUAAGGAAUGCUCGGUCAAGAUCUCAACCUUCAGCCAGGGUGAUGUCAAUGCAAAGAACUUCAAUGAUGCGAUGGAAGCUCAGAGGGUGAGACAGCAGGCGCAUCAGAAGCAGAUGAUGCAACAACAGAGAUAUCAACAAGAUAUGAUGUAUAACAAUGCAAGGAUACAAGCAGCCAAUGCCCAAGCCAACUUUUACAACAACCUCAAUCAACAAUUAGAUGAUGAUUAUGAUUAUGAAGAUUAA